CCCAGCCAAAAUUCGAGAGAGAGAGAGAGAGAGAAAGAGAGAGAGUCACUCUCCCAGCCAAAAAUCGAGAGAGAGAGAAAGGUUCUUGCAGUAUAUUUUCAUGGCGGAAAAACCCCAACCAGUUCGCGUUCUCUACUGCCCAGUCUGCAGUCUCCCUGCAGAAUACUGCGAAUUCGGACCCGAUUUCGAGAAAUGCAAGCCAUGGCUCAUCCAAAACGCACCCGAUCUCUACCCCGAUCUCAUCAAAGAAGCGAAUGACAGGGAAGCUGCAAAGGCCGCCGAACAGCUGCAAUCCGUAGGAAUAUCUGGCAGCGGUGAUGGUGCAGCAGCAGCUACUUCAGGAGGUACAUCAACUAUUAAGCAAGAAGAAGUGAAACGUCUUCCAGGUGGAAAGAUAAAGAAAAAGGAGAAACAAGAAGUUGUCAUCGAAAAGGUUGUUCGAAAUAAACGCAAAUGUGUCACAAUUGUGAAAGGCCUUGAACUCUUUGGUGUUAAACUGAGCGAGGCUUCAAAGAAGCUUGGAAAAAAAUUCGCAACAGGAGCAUCUGUUGUCAAGGGACCGACCGAAAAGGAGCAAAUCGAUGUACAAGGAGACAUAUUCUAUGAUAUCGUGGAGUUCAUUACUGAGACAUGGCCUGAUGUGCCGGAAAGUGCAAUUUAUUUCAUUGAAGAUGGGAGGAAGGUUGCCGCUGCUUAAACAUAAAUUGUAUGCUUGAGUUUUGAGGUUUUUUUUUUUUUUUUUUUAAAUACCAGUGCUCCAACGGGUUUGCCUUGCCAGGAAAGUAUAAUGCUGUUCCUUUUUUCACCAAAAUUAUUAUGCUCUAACUAGAAGGGCCACCCUAGAUGUGUGUCCUGCUACAUCAGUGCUGUCACUUAUGGAUGUUUAUCAAAUUUUCCAAGUUACAUA